AUGAUUGCUGAUUAUCGUAUUCCUCAAGUUUUAUCUUAUGAAGGAAUAUUAAUUUAUUUAUUAACAUUAAAAACACAUUUAAAACUUGUUUAUCAUCUUGUUAAUCAAAUUAAUGAAAAUAUUCCUUUAGAAAAAGAUAUUGACGAUCAAGGACAGAGAUUGAAUGUUGCAACAGUUAAUGGUUUUCUUUGGAGAAAACGAAGAAAAAAUCAAGACAUUUAUCGACCAACAUCAUAUUGUCGAAAUUGA